GCGGCAAACAGUCUAUUCAGCAGCAAAAGCAAUUGUUGAAGAUUCAAAUUCAACAUUGGAAGCACACGAAAUCGGGAAAAAGAAAGUAGAGAUUGAUAAAAAUCUCAAACCUUUGAACCAAUCACUGCGUUCAAGUCGAAGUCUCGCUCUUACCUUUCAAUUCCAUCUUCUCCUUCUUCCCCCAGUGCCCACUUUCUUUAAACUUUUCAGGCUGAAACAAUAUCAGAUUCGGUGUAUUUCACAAUCGGUUUGGGUCCAUUACAAAAUGGGACUCCGAUCAAUCCGAAUUUUAACGCUCUCCGUCAUCUUCCUCGCCGUCAUGGCAGCCGCCGCCGCCAUCUCUCCUGGCGCUACUCUCUUAGCUUCCAACACCAAUCAAAGAUGGUCUUCUCCGAACAACACAUUCUCCCUUUAUUUCAUUCCUUCCAACCCCCAAACUUCUCCUCCUACCUUCAUCGCUGCCAUCGUGUACUCCGGCGGCACUCCCGUCAUCUGGUCCGCCGGUAAUGGCUUGGCUGUGGACUCUGGCGGCUCCUUCCGGUUCCUUUCUACCGGAACCCUUCACCUCGUAAACGGGUCAGGGUCAAUCGUUUGGGACUCCAGAACUUCAGAUAUGGGUGUCUCCUCCGCCACCCUACAAGCCGACGGCAACCUGGUGCUCUCAAAUGGAACUGGCACCGUCUGGUCAACGUUCGACCAUCCGACUGAUACAAUUGUUCCGUCUCAGAACUUCACUUCUGGUAUGGUUUUGCGAUCUGGAUUGUACUCGUUUAAUCUUAUUCCAAGUGGAAAUUUGACCCUUAAAUGGAAUGAUAGUAUAGAAUACUGGAAUCAGGGUUUGAAUUCAUCUGUGAAUGUGAAGUUAAAUUCACCGGUUUUGAGGUUGCAAUCAAUAGGGCUUUUGCAGCUCUAUGAUUCUAAUCUUUCAACUCCAGCGGUUAUUGCUUAUAGCAGUGACUACGCUGAAGGUAGUGAUGUGUUGAGAACUUUGAAGAUAGAUAGUGAUGGGAACUUGAGGAUUUACAGUUCUGCAAGAGGUAGUGGAACUGCAACUCCAAGAUGGUCUGCUGUAGAUCAAUGUAAGGUUUUUGGUUACUGUGGGAGCUAUGGUAUUUGCAGUUACAAUGAUUCAGACCCUAUCUGUGGUUGCCCGUCUCAGAAUUUUGAGAUGAUUGAUCCCAGUAACAGCCGAAAAGGAUGCAGAAGGAAGGUGAAUCUUGAUGAUUGUCCUGGAAGUGCAACUAUGUUGCAAUUGGAACAUGCUCAGUUCUUGACUUAUCCGCCUGAGCUGAGUACACAAGUCUUCUUCAUUGGUAUAUCAGCUUGUAGAGGUAAUUGUCUGGCGGGUUCCUGCUUUGCUUCUACUUCAUUAUCAGAUGGCACAGGUCAGUGUUACAUAAAAACAUCGGAUUUUAUCAGUGGGUAUCAAAGUCCUGCACUGCCUAGCACUUCAUAUGUCAAGGUUUGUGGACCAGUGGCUCCAAAUCCUCCAGCUUCCUUGGAUGGAACUGAGAAGAAGCAUCGUGGAAGGUUACCAGCUUGGGUUGUCGCUAUAGUGGUUUUGGGUACCCUUUUAGCUUUGAUUGCCUUUGAAGGUGGCUUGUGGUUCUGGUGUUGUAGGAACAGAACAAUAUUAGGUGGGUUGUCUGCACAAUAUGCUCUUCUUGAGUAUGCUUCUGGUGCACCAGUCCAGUUCUCAUACAAGGAUCUGCAGCGGGCAACAAAAGGGUUUAAAGAGAAGCUUGGGGCUGGGGGUUUUGGUGCUGUGUACAGGGGAGUCCUUGCUAAUAAAUCUGUUGUUGCAGUUAAGCAACUUGAGGGCAUUGAGCAAGGUGAGAAACAAUUUAGGAUGGAAGUAGCUACUAUAAGCAGCACUCAUCAUCUCAAUUUGGUGAGGCUGAUUGGUUUCUGCUCGGAGGGGCGCCACAGGCUUUUAGUGUAUGAGUUCAUGAAAAAUGGUUCGCUUGAUAAUCUUCUGUUUCUGACCGAAGAACAGUCAGGAAAAUUGUUGAAUUGGGAGUAUCGCUUCAACAUUGCCCUAGGCACUGCAAGGGGCAUCACAUAUCUUCACGAGGAAUGUCGAGACUGCAUUGUCCAUUGUGAUAUAAAACCUGAAAACAUUCUGUUGAACGAGAAUUACAUUGCGAAAGUCUCGGAUUUCGGCCUUGCCAAGCUUGUAAAUCCAAAAGACCACAGGCACCGAACCCUGACCAGUGUGAGAGGAACACGAGGGUAUUUAGCUCCUGAAUGGCUAGCUAAUCUUCCCAUAACUUCCAAAUCUGAUGUUUACAGUUAUGGUAUGGUUUUGCUGGAGAUUGUGAGUGGAAGGAGGAACUUUGAAAUGCUCGAUGACAGAAACAGGAAGAAGUUCUCCAACUGGGCUUAUGAAGAGUUUGAGAAAGGCAACAUCAUGGGAAUAGUUGACAGAAGACUGAAUGACCAAGUUGAUAUGGAGCAAGUACAAAGGGCAAUUCAAGUAAGCUUCUGGUGCAUCCAGGAGCAUCCAUCUCAGAGGCCAACAAUGGGUCGAGUUGUGCAAAUGCUCGAAGGGAUAACUGAGAUUGAGAAGCCGCCCGCACCGAAAGCCUUCAUAGAAGGAUCUGGUGGUGGAACAAGCACUUACUUGAGCAGCAAUACUAGUGCGUUCUCCACAGUUGCUGCCUCAGCCCCUGGUACUACCUCAUCCUCAUUCCAGAACAGUGGUGCUUCAAGUUUGACUCCAGGAAGGAAAAUUGAGAAGGCAACUUCCUCUCUUCUACAACCAGACCAAUUGUAAAC